AUGGCAGAAUCACAUUUUGUAUUUACAAGCUUUGCAAUCCUUGCCCUGAUAUCUCCUCUUGGUAAGUAACAUUGAACUCGUGAUUUGCUCUCUCACUGAAGACUAGAUGUUCAUGUCUUUCAUGCUCGCCUUAGCCCAUCGAACGUUCGGUAAUCGGGCCCAAUCAAUUUCCAGUCUUUCUAUUAACUUUGAUUGGGUUCGUUAAUGGAACUUAAUCGAACUCACCCAAAACUUUUACCAGUCAAACGCAAUCGAACCCUACAACAAUCGAACAUAAAACCACUUUCGAUCCAUCUGGUUUCAAACAAGGCGUUGUCUUCAACUAAGUUAUGCAUUGGCUUCAAUUUAAAACACGAGCUCAGUAUGUUGCUUAGUAUCCGAUCUUUCCUUUAAUUAGUCGGAAGAGUUUUUGGCCCAGAGACAUUCAAUUUAGUCCUAAAUAUGACGAACAACAGUUUCAAUUCUAAAAUAUAUCUCAACAGGUAAGCGACUUAUAGGAUCCUCUUCCUCUCGCAAAGUAGUUUGGCAUUCGAUUCUGGAAAUAUAUAUCGGCGUGGGAACCUAGCAUCGUGAAAAACAUUAUAAAUGACUGGGAUAUGGUGGAGAACUGUCAGAACUAUGCGAGCGGCUGAUCUGGGUUGGAACUGUGAGAAAAUUUCAGUUUUGCUCUAAUAAAUUAAAGUCAAACUUCCAUGUGCGACCACCUCCCACCCCAAAUUUUCCCAGUCAAAGCCUUACAUGUACAGUUGGAACCUUUAGUAAACGACCACCUCCUGUAAGCGACCGCGAAAACUUUUUGGGCCUGAUUGUUAAUGAUUUUUCCUUGUUUUUAACCUCUUGUAAGCAACCACUUCACGCAUUCUCUGAUCUCUAUGUUCGUUGUGUGCACUAUGCUACUUAGAAUAUACAAAGAACUUUAGUGACAACAUGGAACAACACGCAAAGUAAAUGUGCCUGGACCUCUUCUCGGAAAAGGCUCCCUGUGGUUCGAUUCUUGUAAAGUGAACGCUAAACUACAAGCAUUCUCUUUUCUUGGUCCUUCGAGCAAAAUGGGCUUAUGGCUGGUUAAUAUAGUGUGAUGACGUCAGUCAGGUCGUCGUACACGUCAGUCAGGUCGUCGUACACGAGACAUAAGCCGCAAAAUGCGCAGACACGCGUGACUGAAGGGGCGACACGGGAAAAGGAAAGUUCAAUGUCCAAACAAGAAUGUUGAUGAUUGCGUUGCAAGCAUAUCGCACUCUGCAUCACAACACACACACACCAAGCAUUCGAUGCUACAAAGGUUGAGGUAGAACACACAAACGAAUGUCGAAUGUGAAUAGUAUUUGAAAUGUAUAUGUUGAAUUGUCAAUGCGUAAUGUUGAAUUAAAGAAGUUGAAUAUUGGAUUUUGAAAUAUGGGUGUUGACUUGUGAAUGACAAUGAAACAAGAAUGUUGGAUUGCGAUGCCACACGGAUAGAAUACACAAACGAAUGUCGUAUGUGAAUAUCAGUAAAUAGUAUUUGAAAUAUGGAUGUUGAAUAGCACGUUCGAUACAUACAUACAUACAUACAUACAUACAUACAUACAAGUUUUUAUUUGGAGUCUUAUACAAUAAAUAGUAUAUAUAUCAGCAAUUUCCAAACAACUAAAUUACAAACAACAAAAAUUCCUAACCACAUAUGACUAAUAAGUUAUUAAGGAAUUAAGUCAUAGAGUAUUUACUUUUUUCCGUCUUCCCCUUUCCUUUUUUCAAAGCAUUCGAAUACAUGUUUUGCUAUUAGUUUUUGUAUUUUAGCAUUUCCUUUAGGGGGGGUUUAUUAGAAACGUGAAUAUUUUGUUGGAUGACAUUCUGCUUAUUUUUAUUCUAUAUCCUUUUUCAAAUAAUCUAGUAACGAACACUUUUUUCGUGGUAAGCAGAGCAUAUAUCUAGAAAAUGGUAUUCGUCCUCCAUUUCUAUUUUACAAAUUGGGCAAAUUCUUUCUGCAGGUUUCUUAAACGGUCUCGAAUAACGUCUUGUAUCUAUAGCUAAUUUAUGGUUGCUAAGUCGCAGUUUUGUUAGAGCUAUUCUGUUUCGCAUAUUGGUGACCUGAUGUAGGUAAUCUUCACAUUUGUAAUUGUCUAUUGUUUUGAAUAACCGGUAGGUUCUCAUUUUGUUGAUUUGGUUAGCAUCUUUUCUGGUUUCGUUAUUUACAGGAUGUCCCAAAAGUUUGUUCCUCUAUUUUGAUGCACUGUAACUUUUGAUCAAAACUUUAUUUUUACAUGAAAUUUCUUAAUUAUAAAGAUGUUUAUUUGUCUGUUGAGUACAUGUAUUCAGAAUUUCAGUAACUGUCAUGCCCUUUUUGUUUUUUUUAUUACAUUCUGCAGCCGUUGCGGCAUGGAGUGGGAUACAGCGUGUAGACCUACAGAUGAUCCAUUUUGAGCUUUUUUAUCACCUGGGAGCCAGUACAACACCCAAACAAUAUUUGUUUAGUUUAGGCAGCUGAAAAAAUAAUAUAUUGGGCAUUUAUCCAAAAAGAUAAUCAUCCGUGCCCCCUUCCACAACAAGGCUUUUGUUCUUCUUUACAAAUUUGAGACGAGUUGUGCGUUACUUGGUAGACUAAACAGAGGUUUUUUUGCCAUCUCAGGGGCCUCUAAUAAUUUUAAACAUUCGCUUUUCAUGACCAUUCAUGGACUUGGCUUGUUAACCAUGAGAGAACUUGCUCGUUAAGUCUCCCAUUUUGUAUCUAGCCUUCUUUAAAAAUAUUUUGGGUGCUUUAUUCAGGACUUUGGGUCUUCCCCUUCGUUUCUUGCCUUCAAAACCUUCAUUUCUCCAUGAUCAUUUUACCACCCACCAUUUGGAUUUUUCCAAUUUUUUAGCAGUUUCUACAACAGAUAAGCCAGUAAAUCGAAGUAUACAUGCUUAUGCUCUCACGUAGCUGAACGUUUUUGCGUUAAGGGGGUUUAUCUUUCGUGAUAUUUACAAAAACAAGGAAGGAGUUCGAUCAAUUAGGGCUAUGAAAUGCAAAAAAUAUGUGGCUGGAAAAUAUACUCGCGCACGCGCACCCUUGGCGCGGAAGUACACAAAUCCAAUAUUCGAGUCAAAAGAUGGCACAACAAGUAUGAAAAUAGUGAAUUAGGUUGACAGACACAACUUUUGUUUAAAUGAUUUGCUUACCAAGUCCAAUCGUACUGAAGUACAGACUUUAUACCAGAGGAAGGAACUUUUGGGACACCCUGUAUUUCACAGAGCCAUCUUUGUAGUUCGAUAUCCUUAAGUCGUUGCCUGAUCAUGUUUACGAUUCGAUCCUAUCUCCGCAUAGUGUGCUUUCAUCCAGAAUUCUCCUAAUCCUAUCUGUUAAGAUAAGCUUUAGAUUUGUUUGCUCCAGAAAGCUUUAUUUUCAUACCAUUUAAUGACAUUGUAUGCUAUUUGGGAUAAUUUGUUUUCAUAUUUGGUUAAGGUUAACCAGAACUUAAAGUUCCUACAUUGGGCUUCAAUUCUCAUUGGAAACCUUCCUGUCUCAGCCCUGGAAUUUAUUUUGAACUAAUUCUGCUGGAUCCUUUUUUAAUUAUCCAUUGCAAUCAAUCCCCCACACUUCACUCGCAUAAAAGCGUAUGGGAGAUAGCAGUGCGUCAAAUAACUUCAUCGUUAAUUUUAUAUUUUCUCUGAAGUGGUUUCCCAUCUCUUUUCGUAUUUAUAGAGUGCUUUAAGUGCAACUUUCUUCAACUCUUGCCAAGCGAGAUUAAGGUUUCCAUCAUUAUAAGGACUCAUUAUUAGUUCAAGAUAUUUGUAGUAUUUGACGUUUUCCAGUUUAUCAGCGCCGUAUCUGAACAAGUAGUUGUUUAUCGACUUACCACAGUUAUUAAAAAUCAUAAUUUUUGACUCUCUAAAUUUACACUUAAAUCGGCAUUUUCACAGAAAGAGUCCAGUUUAUUAAGGAUUAUAUUUGAAGGCUUUUUGCUGAUAUAGAAAAGAUCACUAGAUCGUCAGCGUAUAAGAGACAAUUUAUAGAUUUAUCACUUAGCAUAAUGCCGGUUGAACUCGCUGUAUUUAGGAAAUUUGGGAGAUCACUUACCUGAUGAACGGCUUUGAAAAACUGUUAAGCUGGGACAAUUUUUGAAAAACCGCAAUUGCAAUGAGGCUUCUUUAAUCUUCUUCGAUGACGUUUGUUUGUCUAUCCGCGCCUCCUUUUUCAUGAGUUAUUUAUACACCCUUUUUAUGUUUGGAGGUGCUAUUUUUAUAUUUUUCUCAAUUCUUGGCUUGCAACCAAGUGACAAGGCGGCCAUGUUGGCACCAACAUGGUCGCCGUGACGUCAUGUGCAAACCAGCAAUUUGGUGGCAGCUCUCACUAUUUGAAUUUUGAUAAAUUCCGUGACACAGCUCCUUUAAGUUAACCCUGUAAGUCCGGAGACUGACCAAAAUAAAUUUUCUCCUAACAAUAUCCACACAUUUUCAAGAGAUUAGGUUAUGAGAAGUAAUAAAAUGAACCACAAAAAGAAAAUGCCUUGAUCAUUUAUCAAAUUCUCUCAACUCCUUCCUUAAGGAAAUUUAUGGAGAUCAGUUUGGUGAACUUGUAUGUGGAUGUUGGGCUUAAAGGGUGAAGCAUAUAGCCUCCCACGGAGACGUUCAGUUCUUAGGGGUUCGUCACGCGUUCCUGCCCCACCAACGUCUGCUGAAACGAAAAGCCCCUUCCGUUCUUUGGCUGUUUGCUUUUGUUUUAAAGAAACCAAUCAGCAUUGACUAAUUGUGACGCGUUAAGCCAAUCACAUGCUGUGAAGGAAGGGAAAUCGACACGUGUGGUUUACCUCUGGAGUAAAUUUCGCGAUAACUAAAAUAACCAAACCAAAAUAUCCAUCUGUUUUAGUAAGGAUAUGGUUUCAUUUUUGAUUCAGUGCCAUUGACGCUAAAGGCCUAAUCAAAACCGUGAUUGACGAGCGAUCUUUUCAUCUGCGAGGCGCGAGGCCUGCACAUGUUUUCCAUCGUUGAGUACAAACUUUACCAAUCCGAUAUUUGCCCUCUACGGAAAAAGAUACAAAUAACCGUAAAUUUAUAAGUACACUGAAAGUCUGAAAGGGAUUUUCUCGUUAGACUGAUAUGUAAAAUCCCAUACCGUCUGUGAAAUCGGCCUGUCACCCCUUGCAGGAUUAACUUCAAACAGCUUCUUACAUCCCAGUGCAUUUUCUUCACUGAUAUCAUUAAGCGAAGCGACAAGAAUAUCAAGAUUUGCCUGCUUAUCGACCUUGUCUUUGAUACUAUUUACAAGCGGCGAAACCACAACAACAACAUGGCAAGAAUCUUUAAAAACUGAGUCGAAAACAAACCGUAAAGCUUGCUAAAUAAGCGACCUUGCACAUCCAGUUAAAAGAUUUACAAACAGAUCAAUCUUCUUCUACAAAAAUUGGGCCAUGGCUUUUGUUUGGAACGGUUUCAACGCCCUAAUACCAAACGUUUCGGACAUCAACACUGCACCUAACCUUUUUCAGUAAGGAUUCUGGUCCCGGGUAAUAUUUUUAAUAACAAACGCGAGUUUACCCAAAGUUGGAAAACGGCCUUUGAUUGGUCCGUAUCUACGAACGAAAGUGGCUCUUCGUUUCACCAGACGUUAGUGGGGCAGCAACGCGUGACGAACCCCUAAGAACGUCUGCGUGGGAGGCUAUUAAGCAUAAAAGUCGCCUGUAGAAGCCAAGCGGCGCCCCACUGACUUUUGUGGGGCAGGAACGCGUGACGAGCCCCUAAGAACGUCUGCGUGGCAGGCCUCCGAAAGUCUUGAGGAAAGGUAAUAUCCUUUGCAGUAAACUGAGGUAAAGAUUUCUUCUUUUUCUCUUUAUCGUUAGCUUUAGCUCUUGAAUGCUACGAGUGUGGCCUUCCGGGAUCCAACUGCAGUAGUAAUCGUUUGGGCAAGGUGACAUGUGGAGUGUAUUUCAAUCGCUGUGUCACCAUUAAGUACACAAUGGAUGUGGGAUUUGGGCCGAUGUCAGUGCAGAUGAGAAACUGUUCAAAUAGCAUGGCUUGUGACCCACAAAGCGGCCUGUACAGUAAGUGUAAACCUUUGGUAUAUCGAUCCCAAGCAAUACAUUAUAAACAUGCUCUAUCCCAGCUCAAUGAUUUCUCUUUGGAAGUACCAGUGUUUUUUUUCACACGGUUAACUCAGAAAUUCACAUUCCCUCCAUAAAUGUAAGGUACAUUCCACUAAGCUUCGAAUAGGACUGACCUAUUGCUAACCAUAUCUUUUGUGUAAAACAGAAUAAAAUGGUCUGUUAUGUUCCUUAUCCCUAGGACGUACAGGGUUUGGGGGGGGUGCGAGGGUGGAUGCUAUACUCCUUAUCCCUAGGACGUACAGUGGAGGGGGAGGGGUGCAAGGAUGGAUGCUACUCUCGGGCACCGUAUCCAUAUUAGAAGCAGUUCGUUUAUUACUGAGACACAUGUACUCAAAAAAAUAGUCCGCCAUGUUGAAUGACGUCACCGGCCCCUGGCAGCGCCAUUUGCAUAUGUAUCCGAUAAUGUUUACAUCAUCUUUUAGAUGACAUCGCACUGGGGUUGUUUAUCAAGAGUAGAGGGGUGAGGGAGGGUGGGUCGCACGAACAAACUUGAAAAUCCUGUUCUUGUUCUCUUUUCUGGUGUAUGAGUUCGCAUGUACGUCCGAUGUUUUGGACAUACAGUGAUAUUUGCUCUGUUUGGUAGCUGUUUGUUGGCGCUGCAUUGCACAGCUUAUUUUCAUCCGGAUACACUUUUGAUUCUUUUUUGCAGCGUGCACUUUGGUGAAUAUCACCGGACUCCUAACAAGUUGCGAGCUAGCUUGUUGCCAGGAUAACUUGUGUGAUCCUUUCAAACUAGCUUCUUCGACCGCAUCAGUCCCGGCAUCAGCCGGCCCGGCAUCAGUCACGGCAUCAGCCCCAGCACCAUCCCCGUCAUCAACCCCGACAAGUGCUUCGGUUGCGUUGGUUGCAAAUGUUUGUGCCAUAUUGUUGGCUAAUGUCCUGAUUAUAUUUGCACAGUUUCACUAA